UGAUGCUUCCGAGAAACGACAAACGACAUUCAGCAUCCCACAACUCUGCCGUACCAUACCAGGUACCGGUACUAGUAACCGUACUUCUAUGUAGCUUGCUCAAUUGUACUUUGUGCUAAUAGCUUGCGGAAGAGCAACACAAAAACAGAGGAAUGAUCAAUCAAUCUGCCCACAUUGAUUGCUGAAAUUGUCCCAUAGCAUGAGAAGUAGCUUGCACGUCGGAAAGAUCGAGGCUUGUGUCCUUGUGUUGUGUCUCUGUUUUGGUGUCAGCACGGCGGAGGCAUUCCAACCGGCUGCUCUGACCCAUGCUCUGGCUCAGAAGCAGCAACGGUCAUUCUCGGAACGGAUUUCUGCUCUUCAUGUGAUUAGUCCAUUGCGAAGAAAGGAUGCGACGCUAGACGGUGGUCCGCUAAACGCUACCGAGCCGGUACUGGAUAAUGAUGAUGUCCCUCAAGCAUUGGAACGAACCAAACGUCACUACGAAUGGAAAGAAUUUCUUCCCAAAGGAGGACUGAUCAGACGAAUGCGAUGGUUGAUUACGGGGGCGUCUCCUUUUACCAAAGAAUCCGAUGAACACAUGAGAGGGUCCUUGGCGUCCUUGGCGCGAAUGGUUAUCCUAUUGCGUGAAUACGAACGAAGAUUUGGUGUCCCCACCGAUGGAGACCUCCAAGUCCAACGACAAGUUGUUUCGGGCAUCACCCAAAAUUUGUACGGCAGUGGGUGUCCCACGUGGAUCUUGGACACUGUCAUGACUCGAGUCCACGAAGGGAUGACUGGAAAGGAAGGAAUGGAACUCCUGAUUCUUCCCAACCGAUGUUUCGUUUACUACCCAGAAUCCGACAACAAGCAAUGUGCUGGAACAAACCUUUUCAAGAUGAGUGCUGGCUUUGACAUUUACAAAUUGGGAGCAGUCGAACAAGUAGCGGUCCGAUUGGCUUCCUUUGCCAGUAACACCAAGAGCACAGAGCGCUUCAAUGCCGCAUCUUUCCGCAUGCCUAGGAGACAGGAGCUGGAUUCUAUCAAGCGACAAGAAAUGCGCACAACUUCCAAAUACUUGCAGGACGAACUGCCCACACAAGAAGCUAUGGCAUCGGAAAUCUUGGACUUGGCUUCGUCCACCUAUGGUCUCUUCUUCUUUCUCAACAAUCCAAAACUUCAGCAGGCCACCAAUGAGACGGCAGAAGACGACCAGUUCUGGGAAAUUGAUGAUUCGACACGAAAUAUCUUUACUCGGUUGGCCGCACACGAAGCCUCCACAGCCAUGAACGCGAUUCAAGAGAACAAACGACAACUCUACCCCCAAAAGGUCGUCAAUCUGCUGAAAAUUAUGAGUUCGGCAGGAGCAUGUUCCAUGUGGUUUGGAGGUGGCUUUGCAGACAUGUUAGCGGCUGCGUCAAUGGCAGUGACAAUAUCCUAUGCUACAACGUUUCGAAAGCUUGCCUUUGAAGAACAAAUAUUGGCCGACGUGGCCGCCAGUUUUGCGGUAGGUCUAUGUUCUGGCCUACUGGCAAUCAAAUGGCCCCAUCGAUUCUGCUUUGGAGCCAUUGCAUUGGGCUCUGUCAUGGAUUAUAUGCAGGGAUUCAAGGUAGUCUACGGAGUGAUUGAAGUCAUGAGUCGGAACAAGGUAACCGGGACGGCAAGGUUGCUCGAGGGAAUACUCUUUACAGGUCUCAUAUCCUACACGAUGAUUUUUGGGUUGGGUUUUGCCUUUCGGAUCAUGUUUGGCCCUGCCUCUGCCUUGCCUCAUGACUACUCGAGCAUGCUGACAUCUGCACAUGGGAUUAGCCAAAAACUCUUUCCUCUGCUUCUGCCAUUGACAGCAACUGCUUGGUCAGCUCUCUUUCGUCCAAGCUAUGGAGAUCUUCCAUUGAUGGCGUUCCAUGGGAUGCUGGCCAUGUCUCUGAGCUGGGCUGGGGCGCCUCUCUUUUUGACGGCUGCCACUGUGACGUUUUCCGCGGGCAUCAUUUCACGGUUUACGGGGAGACAGGCAUUGGGAAAUACAUUGGCAGGCCUCUAUGCUCUUGUUCCUGGUACCUACAUGAUGGGAGCUCUGUUGUCGCCCAACAAGGCAGGGUUUUUAGAAUCCGUGUUGAUCAAAGCAAUAAUGAUUGGACUUGGUGGCUGGACCGGAACCAUCUUGUGCUCUCCUACCAUCCUCGGAAAGUCUAGUGGGCUCCAUGGAAGGGCAUUUGGCACUGUGCAACCUCAAAAGAAGCAUGAGGCAUUGCUGCACUUCUAGCUAGAUUACCAUAAAAACAGUCAAAUGUAUCUUUUCUAGUUC